AUGCGUGAUGAGGAGUUUGAUAAAGUUCCUAAUAUUCUUUUCGAUGGAGUAUCUUCAAUAGAAAAAAUUGGGUAUCCUGGAACAUUAAUUCCAUUAACCAGUGAUACUCGUGCAGUUCUGUGUGGAAACGAUUCCAAUAAUGUUAUUAUUGUCGCUACACGAUUCGGCCACGGACGUUGUUUAGUAUUUGCACACAACGGUUAUCCAAGUAUUUUCUUCAAUGUCAAAGAGCGCAAUGAGCGUUUUGUGAAAAAUUGCCGACAAUGGCUAGCGCAUGGACAUCAUGCUGAGUUUCUAUCGAUCGAUGAUGCCGACUCCAUGCAUAGCAUGUCUACACACGGCAAAAUCCUUGUUUGGAAUGGACAUAAUGCAAAAUCUGAUGCUUUCAUGAAUGAUUUGUGUAAUUUUCUUCAACGUGGCGGAGGUUUGAUCUGUGGAACAACUGCGUGGGGCUGGUUACAAACGAAUAGUGGCAAACUUCUAACUGAUUUUCCGUUUGCUCGUUUCUGCGAUUACAUUGGUGUCAAAGUGACCGACAAUUUUGCCGACUGUUCGGAUCCAAUUGAGUUUCGAGCAGAUUUAGUUCAGUUCAAAAAUGUUUAUCAUGUUGUCAAAGAUCUAGCUCGUGAUCCAAAUAAUCUCCGAGAUUUAGCUAUAAUCGGAUCCGCUGUGAAAGAAUUAGGCGAUACAUUACCAGGAGUGCCAGUAGAAACGUUACAUAAUAUCGUGAUGAGUGCCGGCGACGAUAUUAUUCCAGUGAAUACAUGUCCAGUUAAAAAUAAGAAAUCCCGACAGCAAACAACAGGCAUCUGUGGAAUUAUGUGUGGUCUGCCAGGCAUAAAAGCACCGGGCGUUCGACAUUUCCCUGGUGAUUUCGAUCGACCGCCACACAUUGUAACAGAUGUACACUAUCGUGUUGAAUCGAAGGCAAGCGAAUGGUAUUGCACUGGGUACUAUGUCGUUGCUGGUAUUCCCAUCCAAAUUGAUGUUCUAGACCAACAAGGAUCUAGUGGCUGGUCUGCACGAAUCGGCUGUCAUAGUGACGACCUUGGAAAUUGUGAUGAACUUCGUCGUUGGCCUUGCAUCUCCAUAUGCAAACCAUUAUCUUCCGGGAGGAUACAAAUGAAUUCUGCAUUCGGUGGUCUACUUUUUCUUCAAAGUCCCGAAGGUGAAUGCAAUUCCAUCAUCGUUAAUCUUCGCCAUGUAGUCUUAUCACCUAUGUACGAUUUAACCGACCAAAAUCGUUUCGAAACUUGGGAUUAUAAGCGCUCACACGCUCAAGGUCUAUGGGCUGAUAUUGCUGGACGCUACAUUGUGUUUAAUCUACCUUCGAAAAGUGUUUUACAUCUCACAGCUCCAGAACUAGAUCGAGCUUUAGAAUUUUGGGAUUCCAUUAUUCUCGCUCAUCAUGACUUACGCGGAACGAAACCGACUAGUCGUGAACGAAUUGUUUGUGACGAACAACCGUCCCUUGGCUAUAUGCAUAGUGGAUAUCCGAUUGUCACGCACAUGGACAUGAGCGAUCACACAGCUGAACAUUUCAUAUUCAACAGUGUACACCUCGAGAAAAAAGGAGCGUGGGGUUUAUUUCAUGAAAUCGGUCAUAAUUUACAACGAGAUUGGUGGACAUUUGAUGGCACAACUGAAGUGACAGUGAAUAUCUUUACUUUGCAUGCUAUGGAUAAGAUCUGUCAUCUUCAACCAUGGAUACAUAGUUGGUUGCAGGAUCAAAUUGAUCGAACAAGAGAAUACAUAAACAAUGGCUCAGAUUUCAAUGAAUGGAAAGAUAACCCCGGUGUAGCUUUAUUUAUCUAUGCUCAAUUAGCUCGCGAAUACGGAUGGGAAAGUUAUAAAGAGGUGUUUCGUAAAUACGAAGAAACUAAGCCGAAUCUUGACUCUGAUGAAGACAAAAUGGAUUAUUGGGUGAAGAUGUUUUCUCAACAAGUAGGUCAGAAUUUAGUUCCAUUAUUCAAAUUUUGGGGUUUUCCCAUAUCUCAAUCCACAAUUGACGAAUUGACCGAUUACCCUAUUCCCGAAAUCGCUGAUGAUUUCAUCGAGAUGGCACCUGAACGUUAUACUGUUUAG